AUGCCUAAUCGCGCCAUGUCAGGGGCUGCGCCCCUCACACAUGAAGUUCAAGAACAACACGAGCUCCGAUUAACAGAAACCACUGCAUCACAACCCGUCGAACCGAUCUCAUCUCUGAGACAAUCAUGGCAUCCAACCGACGCGCCCUUGGACACAGGGACAGUCCCCUCAACCACCGCAAAACCCCUCUCUAAACACGCAACCCACCUAUACACACUCUCCUAUCUCAUAUUCUUCUCCAUCCUCGGCACCCUCGCCCGACUAGGUCUCCAAGCCCUUACAUUCUACACCGGCGCGCCAGUAGUAACCGGCGUCCUCUGGGCAAACGUCACCGGCAGCCUAGUAAUGGGCUUCCUAGUCGAAGACUCAAACAUCUUCCGCGAAGAAUGGGGCUCACCACCAACCCCACCCAAAGACGAGCACAGCGCACAAGAGCACACCAAAAAACACAAGGCCACCAAGAAAUCCAUCCCAAUGUAUAUCGGCCUGACAACCGGUUUCUGUGGAUGCUGCACGUCUUUUUCCUCGUUUAUACGCGAUAUCUUCCUCGCAUUAGCGAAUGCGCUCCCAGAUCCCUCACUCCCAUCAGGCGCGAGUAUUGCGUCCCGAAACGGCGGAUAUAGCUUCAUGGCGCUGCUAGCCGUGCUCCUGAUAACUGUAUCGCUGUGCCUGUCUGCGCUGAUUUUUGGGGCGCACCUUGCGCUUGUGCUGGGCCGGUCUACCCCUACAAUCCCUUUUGCGCUGACGCGUCGCGUGCUGGACCCCGUAAUGGUCGUUCUGGGGUGGGGGUGCUGGCUAGGUGCUGUGUUCUUGGCUAUCUGGCCGCCGGAUCGGUAUAAUGCUGGUCCAGAGGAGUGGCGAGGACGUGCAGUGUUUGCGAUUGUGUUUGCGCCGUUGGGGUGUUUGUUAAGAUUUUACGUGUCGCUUUAUCUUAAUAGUCGGGUUCCUGCGUUCCCGCUUGGUACGUUUGCGGUUAAUAUGUUUGGGACGGUGGUCGAGGGAGUUUGCUAUGAUUUGCAGCAUGUCAGUGGGCUUGGGGCGGUUGUGCCUGCUGCUUUGACAGGAUGUCAGGUGUUGCAGGGUGUUAUGGAUGGGUUCUGUGGUGCGACUACUACAGUCAGUACGUGGGUUGUGGAGUUGAAUGGAUUGGCGAAGAGGGAGCACGCUUAUGUCUAUGGAGUCACUAGUGUGGCUGGAGGACUUGGCUUCAUGGUGGUGAUUAUGGGGUCCUUGUUAUGGACUCGUGGGUUUGAUGACCCGGUCUGUUGA